AACCCGAGUACAUGCAUGGCAAAGGAGUGAUUGAUAAGUGAUUGCUUUGUUUAUUAAACUUUCCGGCACACUGCCAAUGUUUUCAAAAUAAGAACACGUUAGUUGGAAUGUGAGAGAAAACUAAAAAAAAUCAUCACAAAGUGCCGAAGUCUACGAAAAUAUAUAACCAUGCGAUAAAACUUGUUUUAAAGUGAAACUAACAUUUAAAAGUCACAUUUAUUCAAUUUUAUUCACAGCAAAACGUUAAUUUAAUUUUUUGAAAUAGUACCACGUAUAUUAAAGAAUUCUGCAAUAAGGCAGCCCAAUAGUGAAACACUACAUGUACAUGUAAUCAUUGGUAAUAUUGGUGAAGAUAUCCUAUUUUUAAUCCUAGAGGUCAAGGUUAAAGCUUAUUGGGUUUUUUGAACCUUAGUAGUAUUAUGAUAAGUAUUUUUAGAAUGGAUGUCAAGUCACUUGUGGUAUUUACUUUGUUUGAGAAAGAUGUUUUCGAAAAUGCAGUGCAGACUUUGUAUAUUGGGGAGACUUGUAAACCAGAGAACUGUUAGUGUUAGUACCAGGUCAUCAAUUACAUGUACUGGUGCAAGUUUAAGUAAUUCCUGUGAAACUGAAAAAGAUAAUUUAUUAGAUAACCACAAAUGUUAUAAUCAAAGACAAAAAAUGGAAGAAAGAAAAUCAAACAUUGAAAAUUUUGACUCAAGUGGUUCCGAGGAUAAGGGAAUGCAGAAAAAGUGUACUGGCAAAAAAUACACUAAUGUAUUAGAUGAUCCGGCCAUUAUGCAAGUUGGGAGUACAAUGAAAUCUUGUACACAUGAAGUACAAGAGGAAAUAUUUCAGUAUAAAAAGGAUCGUUAUUAUCGAAGAUCAAUUCCAUUUUCAUCAGGGUUAUUGGAAAAUAGCUUUCAUGCAACUGUAUCUCAAAAAAGAAAAGUGCAUUUGUCUGGAGAAUCUAAUUUUAAAGUAGCUCGAACUAAAACUGAAGAAAUACUUGAACUUGCUGAGGAGAUAAAAUGUCCAAACAAGGUUGAACAAAUAGAUGUAGAGUAUGGUGUUAACAGACAGUGGGAACUGACCAGAUUAGGUAUAGAACAACUACAAAGACCAAGGCCGGGAUUUGAAUUCACGAUAAUGUCGUACAAUAUCCUGGCUCAGAAUUUAUUGGAGGACAAUAAAUAUCUAUACAGAGAAUCACCACAACAAGUUCUAGACUGGAAUUACAGAUCUGAAAAACUCCUGCAAGAAAUUCAAGCUCUAAAUGCUGAGAUAUUAUGUUUACAAGAAGUACAUAACCAGCAUUACACAGAAUUCUUGGAACCUAAACUGAAACAGCUUGGUUACAAUGGUGUGUAUGUCAAAAGAACUGGUAACAAAUUAGACGGCUGUGCAACAUUUUACAAACGAGAAAAGUUUACUCUGGAACAGAGUGUUUCGGUGCCUUACUAUAAAUCUAAUUACAGUCUGUUGGACAGAGACAAUGUUGGUCUUAUUGUUAAACUUAGACCCCAUAAACAUCCAUAUUCAGAGGAAGAUUCUAUUUGCGUAGCUAAUACCCAUUUAUUAUUUAAUCCAAGGAGAGGGGACGUUAAACUUGGCCAGGCCAUGUGUCUUCUAGCAGAAAUCGAUAAAGUUGCUAAAACCAGUAGAAAUCGUCAUUGUCAGGUUCUCAUGUGUGGGGAUUUUAAUGCCACACCUUUUAGUGACUUAUAUAAGUUCAUGGUUCAAGGGUUCUUGAGGUAUGAAGGAUUACUUACGAGGACUAUUUCUGGCCAGAGAGAAGGGCAAUAUGGCAAAGACAGAUAUUUAUCAAGAGAUUUUUUCCCGUCAGACGUAAACAUUUCGGACCAGUGUCAACAUAUAGAAACUGAAAACAAACAUGUUUCUAGGAGAUCUCAUAAUCAGGAGAACUUUGGACAUAGGAGCUAUCCAGCUGUGUCACAGUCUUCUGGUUGUAUAUGGCAUAAGUUAAAUUUAGUAUCAACAUAUCGCCACACUAUAGAAAGACUGGGACAUUAUGAACGUGAAGUCACAACACAACACAGUGCAGAUGCUUGUACAGUGGACUAUAUAUUUUACAGCGUCCAACACAGGAACGUGCAUACGAGACGAAACAAGCACACGACCAGCAAUAUUAUGGAGGACAAACUCAGACUGUUAGGUCGCUGGGGCCUCAUGUCAUCCAGAGAAAUUCAAGAACUUGGAAAUUUGCCAAAUCAGUAUAAUCCCUCCGAUCAUUUACCUUUACUAGUUAAAAUGAUCCUUAUUUAAUUUUUGAAGGGUGCUAGUGAUUUAACAUAAAAUUUGAUUUUUUUCUUAUUGCAGAAUCCUGUUUCUACAUCAACUAUCACUUUCAUUUAGUGUGUACAGUAUAUUUCCUUACUAUUUUGACUAAGAUGUAUUUUGAAUAAUUUUGAAUUCAUGUACAUGCAUUUCAAACUUUCAUAAUAUGUGUUGCUGUGUAUGUAAUUAUUUUCCAUUUAUCUGGGUUUGUAAAGAUGCAGAAUUGUACAGAUGUAUAUAAGUGGGAUGAUCGAUGAUAAGAGGGUGAACAUUUUAUGUCAUUUUUAUAAAUUCCAAACAGAAAUGGUGUUAGAACUUAGAACAUCCAAAUUGCAAAUAAAUAAGCUAUUCUGAUCACUAGUAGUAAUGGGAUGAAAAUUCUACUAUAGUGAUUUUUUUAUAUUUGCCUGAAAAUAGUUUGCUGUCCAUUUCAGUAUUAUUCAUGUUUCUUCCACUUGUCAUACAUGCAUGUGAUGAUCCUUCACUUCAAAUAUGAUAUUUUUUUGGAUAUUGAAGUACAUGUAUUAUUGUAUAAGAACAUGUUUUGUUCAAUGUUCAUGAGUAAUCUUUAUAGCUAUUAGUCUAUAAAUGUGACUUUUAUGAGAAGAAAAAUCAUGCAAAUAUAAAUAGUUGCAAAUAUGUCAAACUUUGAUCUACUCAACAUUGAUUUUUUUUUUAAAUUGUGCUGUAAAGGCAUGAAUGGGCUAACCAUGGUAGAAUGAAAUAUCGCAGAAAUGUUUGCAUUGUUUUUAUUAUUGUGAAAUAUGGAAAUAUAAGCGAGGUAUCCUAUUCAUUAGAAUUCACAAAUUAAUUCUAAUAGCAGCUAUAGCAUUAUUUUAUUGCAGAAUUUCCUCAAGUUGCAUUUAAUUUCUUUUUUUGUAAUUUCUCAAUAAUUGCAUGCAACAAUAUACAUACAUAACAUGUAUAAACCUGUUUAAAAUUUAUUUCAUUAAAUAAAUCAAGACAUGUUAAUAUUAGGAAUAACUUUAGAAAAUUGGUAUUCAAGAGGAUUUAAAUGCCUAUAAAUCCUAAUUAUGAUAUUUAAACUCUUAUGAUAUGUCUGAAGUCAAUUAAUGUAAUAAUAACAGUCACUUCUUAUCAUGUAACUUACAAAUUAACAAUGAUUAAGGACAUUUGGAUAAUAUACAUACAUGUAUAUAAUAUUUUCAGUACUGCAAGGGAAGAUUAUCCUUUAAACAUGUUAAAUGGAAAAUUCAUUUGCAACUAGUCUAGACUAGGGGAUUUAGAAAUUACACAAUGUAGCAAAGGCUGGCAUGAUGGAAGCUCAUCAAAGGUUAAGACCAUAUUGUGACCUUUUAUACAUUGUGUUCUUGUGUCUUUAAAUUGAUCGAUUGUAAAGUGCAAUAAUGUGUCCCCUACAUUACUUUUAUUGGAUUUUCAAAUGUGCAAGUACCAACGAGUGAGGUGAAAACCAUUGUUAAAUGUCCAAUUUUUAUACAUCCGCAAAAAUUUAUAUUGGUAUGACGUUGGCGUUGUCGUUGUCGUCGUCGACGUCGUCGUCCGAAGAUACAUUGGUUUUCUCACUAUAACUUUAGUUUAAGCAUUUUAAAUUAAAUGGAUCUCUAUGAAAUUUUACCAUAAGGUUCAAUACCACAAAAGGAAGGUUGGGAUUGAUUUUGGGGGUUAUGGUACCAACAGUUAAGGAAUAAGGGGCCAAAAAUAAGCAUUUUUGUAACUUCCAGACAUAACUUGUGUGUUAGUGUAUGGAUCUCUCUGACAUUGUACCACAAGGUUCCAUAUCACAAAGGGAAUGCUGGGAUUGAUUUUGGGGGUAAUUGCCUCAAAAUUUUAGGAAUUAGGGGCCAAAAACAAGCAUUUUUCUAGUUUCAUGACAAUAACUUGUGUGGAAGUGUAUGGAUCUUUCUGAAAUUGUACUACAAGGUUCCAUAUCACAAAGGGAAAGCUGGAAUGGAGUUUGGGGGUAGUUGUCCAAAACGUUUAGGAAUAAGGGGCCAAAAAAGGACCAAAAAUAAGCAUUUUUCUAGUUUCCAGACAAUAACUUGUGUUCAAGUGUAUGGAUCUCUCUGAAAUUGUACUGCAAGGUACCAUACCACAAAGGGAAGGCUUGGAUUGAUUUUUGGGGAAAUUGCCUCAAAAUUUUAGGAAUAAGGGGCCAAAAAAAAAGGAAAAAAACAAGCAUUUUUUUAGUUUCACGACAAUAACUUGUGUUUAAGUGUAUGAAUCUUUAUGAAAUUGUACUACAAGGUUCCAUAUGACAAAGGGAAAGCUGGGUGUGAGUUUGGGGGUAAUUGCCCUAAACGUUUAGGAAUUUGGGGCCAAAAAACAAGCAUUUUUCUAGUUUCCAGACAAUAACUUGUGUUCAAGUGUAUGGAUCUCUCUGAAAUUGUACUGCAAGGUACCAUACCACAAAGGGAAGGCUGGGAUUGAAUUUUAAGGGAAGGCUGGGAUUGAGUUUGGGUGUGAUGAAUCAUAAGGGGUUUCAAAAAAUUGGGGAGGGGGAUUUUUUUUUCCUUUUUUUCCUUUUUUUUUUUUUUUUUAAUUUUCCAUUUUAAAUUGGUUAUUUCUGAUUUAUAUAUAAAAGCAAAUAAUAAUUAUAUGGUUUGAAUUGGUUAAUUAAAAUUUUUUUAAGUUCUUAGACCACAUUCAUUCUGUGUCAGAAACCUAUGCUGUGUCAAAUAUUUAAUCACAAUCCAAAUUCAGUGCUGUAUCAAGCUUGUGUCCAUACUUGCCCCAACUGUUCAGGGUUCGACCUCUGCGGUCAUAUCAAGCUGCGCCCAGCGGAGCAUUUUAUUUUACUUUAAUGUAUAAUUAUAAUUUAAAGUAUCUCCCAUUUUGACUAGAAUUCUUUAAAAUUGCUCUCAGAUGUCUAAGUUGUGUACUAAGAGCAUUGAAGAUUGGAGGUAAAUUAUAAUUUUGAAAUGGUGUUUUUUCAAUCAUGCAUCACUUGCAAAAUAUAUAUGUAGAGAGUGUCAGAGAAAAUGCCAUCCUUUUUCUGAAAUGGUGUUCUUUCAACCUUAUGAAAUAUAAUAUUGUAUAUGUACAUAAUAUGACAAAAGUUUUUGAGAUUAUAAUUUUUGUAUAACUUUUGAAUAAAAUCAUGUAGAGAUUAUACUUUUAGAAGGUUAUAUGUAUAUUGAUAUAUUAGUAUUACUGAAAGCAAAUCAUGGGCAUUAUUGAUUGAAUUCUAUUACAUUAAAACUCAUAUGUUAAAUAAUUUUCUUGCAAUUGGUUAUAAAUUUUGUUUAAAGAAUUUACCUGUUGCUAUUUUAACCUUUCUAAAGGUAUUAAGAUAUGUGAAACAGCUUAAUUCAUGUGAUUUUUACUCUAAAUGGGUCAAUAUGCACACAUUCAUUUCAGGUAGACCAUGUAGGCCAUAAUUGUAACAUUUUCUUCAAUUUCUUUGUCCAUAGCAAACUUAAAAAUGACAUCUUGUUUUGAAUCUAAGACAAGUCACAUGGUUUGAUUUUUGGGGGUACCAUAUGAGGUAAAAUUUAAGGCAAUUUAGCAUACCCAGAAAAUCUUCUUUUAGUGAAAAAUAUCAAUUUAACCAAAUGGAGUUCUUUGAGAAUUAAGUUCUUUGCAAACUUUUAAAAACUCCAUAGGUUUUUUAUCAUUAUUCUAUGGUCCUCUGGCCUCUGCACUAUAGAACAGCCCACAUGGUAAAGUUCAGUCAAUUCUUGACAAUAGCAGCCAGGAUGCCCAAUAUCAUGCCAGAGAUUAUGUUUACAUGUUAUUAUUGUGUUCCUCACUUCAAGGCCCAUUUAGGGCAUUGACCAAGACCUCCUAAAUUCACCAGGGCAAUUUAGGAUUCAACACCUGCAUGACCUGAUGUUAGUUAAAACUCUUCUUUGUUAAUUGAUAAUCAUGAUACUGUAAAUUCAGAAAUAAUUGCUAGGUUUUUAUUAAUGUGAAUAAUGCAACUUGGUGAUUAUCGCAAUAAUAAGAUGUCACAUUCUUAUUAUCUGAUACAUACAUCUGUCUGCAGAUUUUCUUGAAAUUGCAGUUAUUAAUCCUGCACUUUUAUCACUUCUUCAAAAAUCACAAAAAUAAAUGCACGCAAUAAUUUCUGAAUUUACAGUAAUAGAAUUGACCAAUUGCAAGAAAUUUUGUUGAUUUUGGUUUUAUUUUUACAAGUACAAUGUUGUUAAUUCUUAUAAAACAAACGAAUUUAUGGUACAAAUGUUAUGGUAUCAACAUAAUGAAUUCUUACUUUUGUUUCAUUACUGGUUUUUCCAAUGUAAAUAAAAUAUUUUUUAAUUCAUGCAUUUGUUGGCAGCAGUUGGAAUAAAUUUUCAUGUUUA